UAAUAGGGAAGCUUGGAAGAUGACGGUUUGAUGGAAAAGAUAAGUUCUAUUUUGGAUAUGUUGAGAUCGAGAUGUCUGUAGGAUAUUUAUUCUAAGAUAUCUUAAAGAAUGAGAUUGAAGCUCUGAAGAGAGAUUGAACUGAAUCUGUAGGUCUGGAAAUCAUCUCUUUAGUGAUGAUAAUGCCAUCCAUAUGAAUUGAUGGAUUUGAAAAGAGUGUUAGAAAAGAAGACUGAAAAAAACCAGUUGGAUAAAAGGAGAAGCCAGAGAGAGUAUAGUGUCCUUAAAACCUAAAGAAAAGAGAGUGUCAAGGAAGAGAGGUUGCUCAACAUUUCUUUGGUAUACAUAUAGAUAGCAAUUUGUAGGUCAUUAGUAGCUUUGGAGAGAGUAGUUGGAGUUGAAUUAUGAGGUUAGAAAUGUCAUUUCAGAUGGUUUAGAAGAGAUUUAAGAGGAGAGGAAGUAGAGGUACUGAAUGUAAUAUUCUUUGAAGGCAUUUGGUCAAAAAGGGAAGCAGAAAUAUAGGAUGAUAGUGGAGAUGGUAGGAUCAAGUGAGGAUUUUUUGAGGAUGGUUCAGACAUGAGUGUGGGUGGAAAGAGCCCUUAGAUUGGGAGGGUUGAAGACUAGAGAGGAUUAUAUGAUGCUCGCAGUAAUCUGUUGGGAAAGAUAGUAAGAGUUGGGAUCAAGGGUGCUUGUGGGAACAUUUGACUGUAAAGAGAAGGACCACCACUUCAUCAGAGACUGGUGGAGGAAGAGGUAGUGAGUGGGGAACAAUAUGAAAAUGAACAGAGUUGAGGAGGUGAGAAGGACCUCUUGUCAAAUGGUUUCAGCUCUUGGUGAAGUAUGAGGCAAAGCUCUCAGCUGAGAAAUUCAAGACAAAAGAUGCUCUGGAGAAACUGAAGAGCCUUGAGGUUUGGAAUAGCCAUUUUAGUGAGUGUGAGAAAAAAAUUGAAUGGAAUAAUGAAAGAUUGUCUUACAGUUGAGAUUUGAUAACAUAAAUUUAUAGUGAACCCAAUCAGUAUGGCUUUGUGAUUUCAUUUUCCUUUAGCUGCAUGUGAAUGCAAGUGAAAGAGGUAAGUAAUCCAGGGUUGUGAUUUGACAAAGUGUGAUCAAUGAUAGGAUAACAGACAAGAAAUUUAAAAGAAGAGGGAUUGCCUUGAAGUGGUUCAGUCAAAGAUUGAAAUUGGAAAAGUGAGAAUGUAGCUACUGCAGGAGUAAAAGUGCCUGAUAAAGCAUUGGGGGUGGAGGAAUUGCAGGCUGUAAUGGAGACAAUGAACAAUAUUAAGGAUCAUAAGCAGAGAGAAAGACAAAGUUGUAAUAAUUUAUGAUCAGAUAAAGGAAUUUUGGAGUUUAAUGAGAUGGAAUUGGAAUCUAUGGGAGAUGGCAUUAUCCAUGGUCAUUAAGGUCGCUGCUUUUUCACGAUGUUUGGUGGGUUUGAGAAUAUAGAAGCAUAUGAAGAUGACCUUUACCGAGAUGAAUCAUCCAGUGAACUGAGUGUUGAUAGUGAAGUGGAAUUUCAACUCUAUGGUCAAGUACAUUAUGCACAGGACCUUGGUGAUGUCACUAGGGAGGAAGAAAAUGAAGAAAAGCGCUCAGAGGAUCCUGAAUCAUUGAAUAUUAAAAAGACAAAUCAGAAGAACUUAAUUGUUCUUUCAGAUACUGAUGUUAUCCAGAUAUCAGAUGGUUCAGAGGUCAUCUCUUUGUCUGAUGAAGAUAGUAUCUACCGAUGUAAAAGAAAGAACAGAGGAAACCAGGUAUUGGAAAAUCAGUGUGAUCAGCAUUCUGAUGAACUCUCUAGAAAGAAAUGUAAGAGAGGUAAUAAGUCUAAACAUGGAGAGAGAUCUAAUGUGAUUCAGGAAGUUAUGGUUAUAGAGGAUAGUUCAAAUGAAGAGAAGAUUACUAUUUCUGAAAGUGGAGAAAGUGAUGUAGAGAGCUGGAUGUUACUGGAAUGUGAAGUAGAUGACAAAGAUGAUAACAUUCUUCUCAACCUUGUGGGCUGUGAAACCUCUGUUGAUGAAGACAAAAGUGAUGUAAACUGGUUCAUCAGUGAUAAAGAUCUAGAGGCUCAAAUAAGUAAUAACAGAUCAUCUGGUAAACGAACCAACAGAUACUAUUCAGCUGAUAAAAAUGUCACCUGUAGAAAUUGUGAAAAACGUGGUCAUUUGUCAAAAAAUUGCCCUGUUCCACAGAAAAUACGUGUCUGUUGCCUAUGUGCCGAGAGAGGACAUAUACAGUAUGAUUGCCCUGCUCGGUUUUGUUUAGAUUGUUUUUUGCCUGCAUGUUACUCCCACAAAUGCCUUGAAAGACCUUCAUGGAAAAAACAUUGUGAACGGUGCGAUAUGAAAGGUCAUUAUGCUGAUACUUGCCCAGAAAUAUGGAGGCAGUAUCACCUAACGACCAAACCUGGACCACCCAAGAGGCCAAAGACCUAUUUUGGAAGAUCAGCUUUAGUAUACUGCUACAACUGCUCUCGGAAAGGUCAUUACGGCUAUGAGUGCACAGAAAGACGGAUGUUAAGUGGAACAUUUCCAACAGUGCCAUUCAUUUACUACUAUGAUAAGGAGCAUGAUAUCCGGGAUCACGAACAAAGAAUACAGUGGAAAGUAGAAGAACUUCAAAAAAAUGGAGAGCUUCCAAGACCAGUCAAGAGACCCCAUUUGGAAUCAACAAGCAGGAGUCACUAUCAUGGAAUAAAGAAAAGAUACACCGUACAAGAAGACUACAAAUGGCAUCAAGAAAAGAAAUAUCUCAGAAGAACAAAAAUGAGUAAUUGGAGCAAUAGAAGCCAAGAAAAAAAAUCCAGGAGGGAUGUUCAAAGGUGGUAUGAUGCAGAUGAGGACUUUAUCAGAGGACCCAGAAGUCACUCUUCCUCUCAUAGGUCCUCCCACUUAGGAUACCAUCAUCAAAAGAUGAGUGGAGGGGAGCUUUCCAAAAGGGCUAAAUGGGAGAAGUAUAAGAAAAGAGAAAGAAAAAGAGCAGAUGACGAGGAAGGUUUAUUCCUUAUUAAGCAGAGAAAAAGAAAAUCAAAGAUGAAAAACAACUGCUGACUUGGCAGUUGUGUAAUAAUUUGGUGUCCUUGUCUGCUUGUGCCCUGACAUUGUAUUUUCUUACCUCAUUAAAGAAGUAAGAAGUA